UUCUCUCCGGCCAAAGAAGACUUAACAGUCUAUUGACAGGAGUUCUGUCAAGACCCUGAGCAGUUGCCGAUCGCGUUCACAUGUGGGGAAUGCCAACCUCGGCUCCUUGAUCCUCUCAAAGGUAAAAGCUACACCUGACGCACCUGGAUACAAUAACUUGAUUCAGGCAUAAGAGCUUUCCUUUCUUCCAUCCUCCCCUAUCCAAUUCUCGAAACAGUGCUGUAGCUCUCACGAAACAUCCACGAUACAUUUUUUUUUGUUCUUUACUAGAACCAGCAGCUGCUCUUGAACACUUACGCCUCUGCUACAAUCACUUUCACCUUUGAUCAUGUCUCAAUCCAUUGCUGUCAAGGACGAGCUGCAGAAGUCGACGGCCACUGCUCCUCCAGAUGCUCUCGCACAGCAAUCUGAUAAUGUCGCCCACGCUCUGGCUGGCUCAGGUGGUGGUCUCAUUUCCAUGGCACUGACAUAUCCUCUGAUCACCUUGUCAACACGCGCCCAGGUCGAGUCCAAGAAGGCCGACACCAACGUCCUUGAGGCAGCUCGCAAAAUCGUCGCACGCGAAGGUGUUCGUGGCCUGUAUGCCGGUCUCGAAUCUGCUCUUUUCGGUAUCAGCGUCACCAACUUUGUUUACUACUACUGGUACGAGUGGACCCGUGCUGCAUUCAUCAAGGCCGCAAAGACAGCCAACCGCCCCAACCCCAGCAAGCUCAGCACUGUGGAGAGCAUGCUCGCCGGUGCUCUUGCCGGAAGUGCAACCGUGCUUCUUACCAACCCUAUCUGGGUAGUCAACACCCGCAUGACUGCUCGCAAGAACGAGAGCGAUGAGACUGCCCUCCCUACCGAGGCAACCAGUUCCAACCCCAAGAAGAGACUGAGCCCGAGCACCAUCGGCACACUUCUGUCCAUCAUCAAGGACGAGGGCUUCAUGAGACUGUUUGCAGGUGUCUUGCCUGCUCUCGUGCUCGUCAUCAACCCCAUCCUUCAGUACACCAUCUUCGAGCAGCUGAAGCAGUCUCUCGAGAAGCGUCGUCGCGUCACACCCAAGGACAGCUUCUACCUUGGUGCUUUGGGCAAGCUGGCAGCCACCAGCAUCACCUACCCUUACAUCACAGUCAAGUCCAGAGCCCACGUUGCUAGUGGAGAAAAGGAGGGCAUGUUCGACAGCUUCUCCCGCAUCCUGCGCGAGGAGGGCUGGGCCGGUCUCUACGGAGGUAUUGGUCCCAAGGUCACCCAGAGUGUCAUCACUGCUGCAUUCCUAUUCGCCUUCAAGGACGCUCUUUACAAUGCAACCAUCAAGGCUCGCAGAAGCAUCGCCCAGAAGGCAUAAAUAACUCGCCACUAAAGUAGCAUGUCAAAGACACCGGAAGCACGAAGCAGACAAGCAAGGCACCGGAAGUGGAGACGAUAGCAGCAAACUUG